CACGUAUGAAGUAUACAGUAGAGGGCUUUGUUUGUGUUCCCUCUUAACUAUGCAGACCAGAGUUGGUCAGCUCUCAGGGACGUGGACACAACACCUUAAUCUGAGGAAACCGCCAGAAUUACUGAGUUGGUGAGGCACCCGACCUGACUCCACAAUGAACACUAAGUUUGUGCUGCUGACGUUACUCAAACUGCUGCCCUUCUUCAUCACGUUUAUCCUGUACUUCGCGCUGCUCUUACCUGACAACCCGCCUUCAGCCGAGGCCACGGUCGUCAAGAUGUUACCUGCCAUGAGUCUGGUGCUUUUCCUCGGCCUACAUGGGAAAGUGUUCUGUGGAGGGCGGCUGUACGACCGGCUUCUGUUCGCGGCCACGUUCCUGUGUGGAGUGGCGGACGGAGUCAUCGCCUGGGACCACCACCACGAUGCCUUCUUCCUGGCAGGAAUGGCGGUGUUCGGAGCCGCACAUUGUGUGUUCAUGGCUGCGUUCCGCUGCACGCCUCUCCGCCUCAUCCUGUGGCUCCCAUGGCUCACGGUUGCCCUCAUCCUGUACGGCGUCCUCACACCCGGCCUGUACGGGGCCAUGUUCUUCUUCGUCUUAGUCUACGCUCUGGUGAUCGGCGGCAUGGGGUGGAGAUCGUUCUCCAGGGUUGAGAUCCGGUGUUGUGUCGGGAGCUGUACGGGUGAGAGAUGCGCGAAGUGGUGUGUCCUCAGCAGAGACGAUAUAGCUGACAUCCCUGAGGGACAGUGUUGGGAGGCGUCAGGUGUGACGUGGACCCAGGUCCUGGCGGCAGCAGGUGCUGUGUUGUUCGCCAUCUCCGACUCCAUCUUGUCCGUUUUUGCCUUCCGAGUCCCCGGGGACCCGUACCCCACCGCCAGGAGAGUCGCGGUGCUGUCCACGUACUGGGUCGCCAUCUUGUUUCUGGCGUUGUCGGUAGAACCAGCAGGACCCUGCCCGUGUCAAGGUCAGGCGGACACGGUGACGUCAGCAGAGGACGAGGACGUCUCGAGAGAACAUAUCCGUCUGUCUGAAAUGGCCUGAGACCUUUUUCAUGACGACACAUUUAUUGUUAGAAGUUUGUUAUGUUCUUGCAAGGUUUAUAAAAAAACAAGAUACAUGUUUACCAAGCUCAACGUUACAAAGCUGAAGCCCAUGGUCUCAAGGUUAAAACUUUCUGAUGGCCUAAAGGGUAAAAUACAUUGCGCUUACAUGGCUUAAGGCCGUAUACGAGGUGGCCAGGGUGUUAAUUUAUACCG